GAGACAAAUGAGGAUUGUAAACAAGAUUUUUUCAGGAGGAUAAAAGGAUGAUAGAAAGCAGUGGGUGACUUCCAGCCAGCUGGACUCAUCACUUCUUUAUAAAAUGUCUACUGCUCCAACCAUACACCAGAGGAGAAGGCAGGACCAAGCAAGUCUCUUCAAGCUGCAGAGGAAAAAUCCCCCCCCAUCGGCCUUCCUCUUUUCCUACACGGACCACCCUCCACCGUUCCCCACCAGAGGAGUGCGUCUGCUGGUGCCACAGCUGUAAAGAGCGGGCCUUCACUCUCAGUGAAAGCAGAGGCAUGAGUGUGUGGAGAAUGGAAGGCGCAAGCCUGCGGUGGGAACACAACUGAGUUGCAGUGAGGAAAGCUGGCUGAACCCACUGACACAGAUCUGCAGGUUGUUUGAUGAUAUUUUGUGGGGACAUCAUGGGAUCUGACACGUGGACCCUUUUGAUUUUGUUUGGUCUGUCUCUCUGGAGUAGCAGUCAAGCUUUCACCAAGAACCCCAUCCUCUCCCGGAUACGAAGGGCUCCGGAGGCCAACGAUGAAAACAAAAAGUGCUCUUACACUUUCCUGGUCCCCGAGCAAAAGAUCACAGGCCCCAUCUGUGCCGCCCGUGGCUACUCCACUGACAAGGACCGGGUGACGCGCCUGGAUGUGGCAGCGGUGCGUGACCUUCUGUCAAAGCAGCGCAGGGAGAUGGAAACUUUGAAGUUGGUGGUGGAUGUGGACGGCAACCUGGUGAAUGAGAUGAAGCUGCUGAGGAAAGAAAGCAGGAACAUGAACUCCAGAGUGACCCAGCUUUACAUGCAGCUCCUGCAUGAAAUCAUAAGGAAGAGGGAUAACUCACUGGAGUUAGCUCAGCUGGAGACACGCAUCCUCAACGCCACCACCGAGUCACUGCGCCUGGGCUCUCGCUACAGGGAGCUGGAAGCCAAAUAUUCUGCCUUGUCUGCAGUCGUCAACAAUCAGUCCGUGCUGAUUGGAGCGCUGGAGGAGCGCUGCAUGCAGCUACACAGUCGCAGGCAUGAGCAAACACCACUGGGGCCUCCGCUGGUGCAGGUGGUGCCUGAGAACAUUCCAGUCAGUGUGCCACGUUUCACCAAUGAAAUUACAAGGGUCAACACCCGCGGGGUGGCACGUGAAAGGGGCUCUCGCUCCGGACCCUCACCUACAAGCAGCACCCUUGAAGUCUCAAAGUCUGAGAAGAAUUUCAGUUCAGAAGGUCCUUUCAGGGACUGCUUAGACGCUCAGGAAGCCGGCCACAUCACCAGCGGCAUGUACCUGAUCAAACCAGAUGAAACAGAGAGACCUGUGCAGGUCUGGUGUGAACAGAAUAUUGACAACGGGGGUUGGACUAUAAUCCAGCGCAGAAAAGACGGCUCGGUUAACUUCUUCAGGAACUGGGAUGACUACAAGAGUGGCUUUGGCAACAUAGAUGGGGAAUAUUGGCUUGGCUUGGAAAGCAUCUACAAAUUAGGAAGGCAGGGAGACUACAAGCUGCUCGUGGAGAUGGAGGACUGGAUGGACAAGAAGGUCUACGCUCAGUACAGCAGCUUCCACUUGGAGCCGGAGAGCGUGGGAUACCGCCUGCGGCUGGGCACCUACCAGGGCAACGCUGGGGAUUCCCUAAGCAGCCACAAUGGUAAACAGUUUACCACUCUGGAUCGAGACAAAGACGCCUUCUCAGGCAACUGCGCCCAUUUCCAUAGAGGAGGCUGGUGGUACAACGCUUGCGGCCAAGCCAAUCUGAACGGUGUCUGGUACACCGGGGGCGUGUACCGCAGCAAAUUCCAGGACGGGAUCUUCUGGGCUGACUAUGGCGGAGGGUUCUACUCCAUGAAAUCUGUGCGCAUCAUGAUCAGGCCCAUAGACUGAGACCAGAAGGGACAGCCACAGAAACUAUUGCAAAUCUCGGACACCAACUUGACUCAACAGUAAAUGGACGCUCUCUGCUGGAUGAAGCACACCACUGGAGGUGACCAGAGAGCUGAAAGCCAUCAACAGCACACAUCAACUCUCCUUUUCUAGCCAAACCAUUUAAAAAGAUGUAGGACAAGCUUCACAAACCACAGCAUAUGCUUAAUGGUUAAAGAUAUGUAAGAAUACCUGCCAACACGUCGCAGUUUAUACAAGCUCUGUGCCUGAAUGACUCUGUUUUCGCAUAAUUUCCUCUUUUUUUCCCAUGAAAAGGUGCCACAGGAUAUGAGUGCUGCUUAUUCUACCUCACCAAGUAAAUAUUCUGUUGCUGACACUUAGUAUUCCAUCCUCUAAAGGUACUUGAACUUGGAAAAAGCAUUAUCUUAAACCCUAUUUAGACCUAUGUAAGCUCUAUAUUCACUUCAUCUCAUCAGAAAGGCAGCAAUUCAUCCACUUGAUUGCACAAAAACACGACUGUUUUUGUUAUAAACCAAGACACUCAAAAUGACCCUUUUUUUACUGCAUGUUUUGAUUCUUAGUCUAUGUUCAGAUGACCAGAAAGUAUAAUUUAUGAGUAUAAUUAAGUUAUCACAACAGGGAAAAGGGCCAGGUGUCCUAAGGGAGCUUUAAAUGAUCCUACAGAAAACAAAACCCAUUUCCUCGACUGAAAACAGGACAAUCAUUCUUUAAGUGAGCUUCCAUGUAAAUUGCAGUUUCAUGUUUUUCUCAUUUGGAGUUUGAUUAAAGUUCAGCUUGAAUCUGGGGGGAAAAAAUUGUAUCAUUGUGUGGGGGAAAAAAAGGUGGAAUUACGGUUUGUUCUGAGCGGUUUUUGAGCACCAAAAAAAUGUGCCGACAAGGCGUGUUAAGAGUUUUAAGCGCCGGGACAGACAACCAGAAACACAUUUCUGAAAACCAGACAGGAUAGAGCAAGAAAGGGAGAAGGAGGAAUGGGGUUGGAGGGAGGGGAUGGACUGGGAUGGAAUCGGUCCAAAUUUCCAAGUCAUUUGCCACGUUCACCCUCAAAGUCCUGUUUUGAAAUGCAGAAAAACCUACAUUCUUUCCACAGUAGACGUACUUGAUGUGUGUGUUUUUGUUAAAAAAAAAAGGUCUUUGACUGACAAAGUCACGGAUCCUUUCACUCUGUAAUCACCUCCAAAGAUGGAAAUCCUCUUAGGGGAACCAUCUCAGACGGGAUGGGGGUCGAAACUGGGGGUUUGCUUCAAACAACACACAUGUAAGGCAAGGGGCCUUAUUGGUGUCUGAUCUGAAAAUAGACUUAAAUAUUGUUGUAGUUCUUUUUACUUUUUUAUUCAACCACAAAGAGCCUCCCACCCAUCUCCUUUAAUUUUUUUUUUAUAAAGGAACAAAACUCAAAAUGAGGAAAAUAAACUUAAAACAGAAGACUGUUUUCUGUAAGUGAGUGUUUAUGCACUUUGUAAAAAACAACAAAAAAAGAAUUAUUAUGUCAAAAGGCAGCAAUAAAACUUGAAACCAAUUAAACCCCGCGUCUGGAAGUCUCUUUAUGGUCUAAGGAACUCAAACAAAAGUUUGAAGUUUCUUUGAAAAACAGUUGCAGAAAAAGUCUGGUUGCUUAGAAGCAUGAUGUAAAUAAACCAAAGCUCCAUGAAGAUUUUGGCACAGUUUUGCACAAACCAAAGCACUUUUCUUGUUUUUGUGAAACAUUCAUAAGUGUAUCACAUCUUCAUCUGUACUACUUUUUUUCUUUUUGUUUAUAGCCCAUGCAGAAUUUUUUUCUGUACUUCAAAGACAAUGAAGGAAAUGAUCUCAUCCGAAUGCGUGUUAGUGUGGGAACUGGGGGAUCAGAAGAUGACCUCUAACUUCUCAACAGCAACUACCAAAAUAAAAGCUUUUGUUUUAAUUGAAAAUAGAAUUUUGAGCUUUAAUUAAAAUUAUUUUUAUGCCUGUGUGGGCAUGAUGUUUUAGUGACAGUUGAAUAGAUUGGGAAAAUGUCUGUCAGGAUCAGGGGCAUUUUUUUUUUCAAGUUUCACCACAUGAGGCAAAUGGCAGUUUGUUUUUUUGGUCAAAACCACAAUUAUUUGUAUUUUCCUGUUGUUUUUGUCUUUUAAGGCUAACAAAUAAAUGUAUCUACGCUAGAA